AUCAACCAAUCAUCUGGAUUCUUCCUUGAUAGCAAAAGAGAUAAGAAAAAAAAAAAAAAACAAAUGCUUCCUUCAUCAACUCCAUCUUCAUCCUUCAUCCUUCAUUCACACCUUCAAAAACUUAAACCAUGUCCACUUCCACUUUCUUCUGCGGCAUCACACCCAAUUCUUCAACCUCAACCUUCAAAAAUCUUCUUUCUUUUCCCCACCCAACUAAAAUCCAACCAAAUUCAUCCAAACCCUCUGUUUUUCACCAAACAAGAUUCAAUCCCGUAACCGCAUCAACACCCACAUCUCUCGAAUCACCACCCAAAUCCUCAUUCCGAGACAAACCCCCCAAAGAUAUCAACGUUUUAGUGGUGGGAUCAACCGGCUACAUCGGAAACUUCGUAGUUAAAGAACUGGUUAACAGAGGGUUCAAUGUGAUCGCAGUUUGCAGAGAAAAGAGUGGAAUCAGAGGCAAAAACAGUAAAGAAGACACCUUGAAUAAGCUCAAUGGAGCUAAUGUAUGCUUUUCAGACGUGACCCAGUUGGAAAUCUUGGAAAAAAGUAUCGAAAAUUUAGGGGUUUCUAUCGAUGUUGUGGUUUCUUGUCUUGCGAGUAGAUCUGGGGGUGUUAAAGAUUCAUGGAAGAUUGAUUAUGAAGCGACAAAGAACAGUCUUUUAGCCGGUAAGAGUUUCGGGUCGAAACAUUUUGUGUUGUUGUCUGCAAUUUGUGUGCAGAAGCCGCUUCUCGAGUUUCAAAGAGCGAAGCUGAAAUUCGAAGCCGAAUUGGUCGAAGAAGCGGAAAAGGAUGAGAGUUUUAGUUACAGCAUUGUUAGGCCAACUGCUUUUUUUAAAAGUUUAGGGGGGCAGGUUGAGUUAGUGAAAGAUGGGAAGCCAUAUGUUAUGUUUGGGGAUGGGAAGUUGUGCGCUUGUAAGCCGAUAAGCGAGCCGGAUUUAGCUUCGUUUAUCGCGGAUUGCGUGUUGAAACCGGAUAUGGUUAAUAAGAUUUUACCGAUUGGUGGGCCGGGUAAGGCGUUGACACCGUUGGAACAAGGGGAAAUGUUGUUUAAACUAGCGGGAAAGAAACCGAAUUUUAUAAAAGUGCCGAUUGAAAUAAUGGAUUUUGUGAUAGGGGUUCUUGAUUUUCUUGUGAAGGUGUUUCCGUCGUUGGAAGAUGCGGCUGAGUUUGGGAAGAUUGGGAGGUAUUAUGCGGCGGAAAGUAUGCUUGUUUAUGAUCCGGAAACGAAGGAGUAUAGCGACGAGGGGACGCCGAGUUAUGGGAAGGAUACAUUGGAAGAUUUCUUUAGAAAGGUGCUUGAAGAAGGGAUGGCAGGGCAAGAACUAGGUGAACAGACAAUUUUCUGAAAGUUUUGAGUGUGUUAAAGGUGUGUACUUUGCAAUGUAUUGUGAAUUAUAUGCCAGUUUUGCAUAUAUGUCAAUUGUAUUAUAUUGCUACACUUGCUUUCCAAUUUUAGUAUGAAAAGUGGCGUUUUU